CUACCUAACUCUCGUUGAUUGGUCCUUUAACUAUGCUAAAGCUCAUGGAGGAGAUGACACCGGCAGUUGCAAUGACUCUGAGCUUAGCAGCUAACACCAUGUGUGAAUCAUCGCCUGUGGAAAUCACUCAGCUUAAGAACGUUACUGAUGCAGCUGACUUGUUAUCUGAUCAAGAAAAUCCAAGCUUUUGCAACGGAGGGACUGAAUGCGCUAUGGAAGAGGUAGGUGAACCUGAUUUGUUGAAAACUUUAUCCGAUACGAGAAGCGGGUCUUCUAAUGUUUUUGAUGAAGACGAGGUAUUGUCUGUUGUGGAGGAUAAUAGUGCUGUCAUAAGUGAGGGCUUGUUAGUUGUUGAUGCAGGCUCUGAAUUAAGCUUGUCUGAUACAGCUAUGGAAAUAGAUAAUGGGCGAGUGCUUGCAACAGCGAUUAUCGUAGGCGAAUCAAGCAUUGAGCAGGUUCCCACCGCGGAAGUUCUUAUCGCGGGUGUGAAUCAGGAUACAAAUAGAGAAGAUGGUUCAGGUGUAACGGCUUCGGAGGUUGUCAUUCGAUUGCCAGAAGAAAAUAGUAAUCAUCUGGUGAAAGGGAGAAGUGUUUAUGAACUAGAUUGUAUACCGCUUUGGGGCACGGUUUCCAUUCAAGGUAAUAGAUCUGAGAUGGAGGAUGCUUUUGCCGUGUUACCUCAUUUUCUGAAAUUGCCCAUCAAAAUGCUAAUGGGGGACCAUGAGGGUAUGAGUCCAAGCCUCACACAUCUCACUGGUCAUUUUUUCGGUGUUUAUGAUGGUCAUGGAGGCCAUAAGGUUGCUGACUAUUGCCGAGAUAGACUCCAUUUUGCUUUGGCUGAAGAAUUAGAACGUAUAAAGGACGAAUUAUGCAAGAGGAACACAGGAGAGGGUAGGCAGGUCCAGUGGGAAAAAGUCUUCACUAGUUGUUUUCUAACCGUCGAUGGUGAGAUUGAAGGAAAAAUUGGCAGAGCCGUUGUUGGUUCUUCUGAUAAGGUUCUUGAGGCUGUUGCCUCUGAGACCGUAGGAUCAACUGCUGUGGUUGCUUUGGUUUGCUCAUCACAUAUAGUAGUUUCUAACUGCGGUGAUUCAAGGGCCGUUUUAUUCCGUGGCAAAGAAGCCAUGCCCUUAUCAGUUGAUCACAAACCAGAUAGAGAGGAUGAAUAUGCAAGAAUAGAAAAUGCUGGAGGCAAAGUCAUACAAUGGCAAGGCGCACGUGUUUUUGGUGUUCUCGCCAUGUCUAGGUCCAUCGGUGACAGAUAUCUGAAGCCAUAUGUGAUCCCAGAACCGGAAGUGACAUUCAUGCCUCGGUCAAGAGAAGACGAGUGUCUGAUACUAGCCAGUGACGGUCUUUGGGAUGUAAUGAACAACCAAGAAGUUUGCGAAAUAGCAAGGAGACGAAUCUUGAUGUGGCACAAGAAGAACGGAGCACCGCCUCUAGCAGAGAGAGGCAAAGGAACAGACCCAGCUUGCCAAGCCGCGGCUGACUACCUCUCAAUGCUUGCUCUUCAAAAAGGAAGUAAAGACAACAUCUCCAUCAUUGUGAUUGACUUGAAAGCUCAAAGAAAGUUCAAGACCAGAACCUGAAGCUUAAUUACAAACAGUACGCUUACUUACUUUUUUUUUUACUGGGGUUUGAGAGAUGUGGCAAAUGAAAUUGUAAUUGAAACUAUGUCACAUUAACCGUCUUGCAUUUCUCUUUUCUUUUUACUAUCCUUUUCUAUUGAUUAACUUAACAUUGAUUGAGACGAGAGUUCUGGAUCUUAGGGAUUCAAUGUUGUUUUUAAGGUUUGAGUUUAAUAAGUAAAUAACCAGAACUUUAUUCA